GCAGGGGGCAGCAGCAGCAGAUCGAGAGUCUCAUUAUUUCUACUUCCGGUGGCGGAAUUUCCUUCCUUUCUGAUUGUGCUCAGUGAAGAGACGCUGUAAGACAUGGCUCCCCGUAAAGGCAAGGAGAAGAAGGAGGAGCAGGUGAUCAGCCUGGGCCCGCAGGUGGCUGAGGGAGAGAACGUGUUCGGCGUCUGCCACAUCUUCGCCUCCUUCAACGACACCUUCGUCCACGUCACCGACCUCUCCGGGAAGGAGACGAUCUGCCGCGUGACGGGCGGCAUGAAGGUGAAAGCGGACAGAGACGAGUCGUCGCCGUACGCCGCCAUGUUGGCAGCUCAGGACGUGGCGCAACGCUGCAAGGAGCUGGGCAUCACGGCGCUGCACAUCAAGCUGAGGGCCACCGGAGGGAACAGGACAAAGACUCCUGGACCUGGAGCCCAGUCUGCACUCAGAGCUCUGGCCCGGUCCGGCAUGAAGAUCGGACGCAUCGAGGACGUCACUCCGAUCCCGUCAGACUCUACCAGGAGGAAGGGCGGUCGCCGCGGUCGCCGUCUGUAAACAGCUGCUGGAAUUUCACAAUAAAAGCUUAUGUUUAACUCUUGA